UGAAGAUAAACAGACUCCUGAUGUUGCACCAGAUCCAGCAGAUGAUGACAAUGAUGAUGACUUUGCACCAGAUUCAGCAGAUGAUGACAAUGAUGACUUUGCCCCAGAUCCAGUAGAUGAUGAUGAUAAAGAUUCUGACUUUGCACCAGAUUCAGCAGAUGAAGAUGACAGUGAUAGUACUGACUUUGCACCAGAUUCAGCAGACGAUUGGGACAAUGAUACUGACUUUGCACCAGAUCCAGUAGAUGGAGAUAAACAGGAUCCUGACCUUACACAAGAUUCAAGAGAUGCAGGGCAUUCUGUCACUGUGAUAAACACGCAAGAUCCAUCUACUGUAGAUGAGCAGCCAACAGUUAUGUGCACAGACAAUACAAAUGGAAGAAAAUACAACAAAGGGACAUAUUGCCCAUUUUGCCAACGGUAUGUUAUGAAAUUUCCAAGACAUUUAAGGGAGUUUAAGGCACAUAAAAAUGAACCCCAAGUUGUUGAAUGGUUAGCAACACAAGACAACAAGUUGUUAACAAAGAUGCGAAACUAUGGCAACUUCCUUCACAAUGCAGAGGUGCUAAAAAACAAGGAAGGUGUACUGAUACCAGUAUACCGACCCAACAAAAAAGAUGCUGACUGUGAUAAAUAUGUACCGUGCAAUACCUGCUAUGGCUUUUUUGCAAAAAGAGACCUGUGGAAGCAUAGUUGUGUGUUUGAUGAGAAGACAGAUGAACCAGUCAGGAAGCGCAUGCGAAGAAAUCGUGUCAAAGCUGGUAAAAUGAUGUUACCUUUUGAGGGCUCCGAGGCAGUUCGUGCUAUAUUUGCUGGAUUGAGAGAUGAUGAGGAAGGUGUUGGAAGCUUCAUUAAGAAUGACCCUCUCAUGAAGAAAUUGGCUGACAAGUUUGCUCUCAAGUUGGGACAUGAUAGUGAGCAGUAUAAUCACAUCCGAAAUAAAUUGAGAGAGGUUGGAAGAAUGGUAUUACAAUACAGACGAAAAACGAAGAACAGUACUACAUCUUUGGCUGAUUUAAUUGACCCGAGCAAGUUCAGAGAUGUGGUGGAGGCUACAAGAACAGUAGCUGGGUUUGACGGGAAGAGGCAUUUGUAUGUCACUCCAAGUUUAGCACUCAAACUUGGACAUACCAUGAAGAAGGUCUGUAAUAUAUUGCUAGCAGAAGGUAUAAUGGCAGGUGAUAAGGUCCUUGAGGACAGAUGCAAUAACUUCUCCAAGCUCCUGGACAUGAACUGGCAUGAGCAGGUUUCGUCCCAUGCCCUACGCACACUUACGCAAAACAAGAGGAACAACCCCCAAUUCUUGCCAAUAACAACUGACAUUCAGACCCUGGCAUCAUUCCUGAAGAAAGAAAUGAAACAUGGGAAACAAAAUCUACUCAGUGAUCCAUCGAACAUUCAGCAACAUUGGAAACAUCUGUCUGAAGUUACCCUGACUUUAUUGUUGGUAUUCAACCGCAAGAGAUCAGGGGAGGUUUCUAAGAUGAGAGUAGAAGACCUUCAUAAAUGCAGAAAAGGUUCUGAGGGCCUAACUCUGUUGGAAGGCUUGUCAAAGUGGGAACAAGAACUGUGCAAGAUGUUAUGGCGCAUAGAAAUCGUAGGGAAGAAGGGCCGCACUGUUCCUAUGUUGCUAACUGAGGUAAUGAAGGAUAGCUUGGAUCUACUCAAUCACAACAGAGAGAAAGCUGGGGUUUUGGAUGACAACAAAUUUGUCUUUGCAAUGUUGCAUAGCAAUGGACACAUCAGAGGAUGUGAUACUCUUCGCAAGCAUGCUGAUCUUUGUGGAGCAAGUAGACCAGAGUUUCUUAGAUCAACAAGACUUCGGAAGCAUAUAGGAACAGUCUCUCAACUGAUGAAUCUAGAACGGAAUGAGGAAGACAUCCUUGCAAAGUUCUUGGGGCAUGAUAUUCAUGUUCACAGAGAAUACUAUCGUCUACCAGACGAGACUUUACAACUGGCCAAGGUUUCAAAGGUUUUGCUGCAGUUAGACAGUGGAGAUCUAAGUUGUCUGAGUGGAAAGGGACUUGAUGACAUCCAGUUGGAUAAAGGGGAAGAGGUAAUUUUGGAAGACCCUCUUGAGCCAAAUGAUGACAAUGAGAAUAUUGCGGAUGUCAGUGGUUGUUCCCCUACAACAUCAUCUGAGGAAAAGGUCAUCGAGUACACACAGGACCUACAGAAGACAAGACGCAAAUUACAGAAGAGAGGUUGUUCCCCUACAACAUCAGCUGAGGAAAAGGUCAUCGAGUACACACAGGACCUACAGAAGACAAGACGCAAAUUACAGAAGAGAGGCCCCAAGAGAGUGAAAGCAGUACCUGAAAAGUUGAGUACCGGUAAGAGGAAUCAGAUCAAGCGACCCUGGACUCCUGACGAAAAAGCUGCUGUCCAUGAAACCUUUCACCGUGAGAUUUUCCAAAACAGACUUCCAGGUAAAGGUGUGAUUCAGCAAUGUCUUAACAAAAAGGCAGUUCUUCACAAGCGUACUUGGACGCAAGUUAAAGACUUUAUUAGAAAUUAUCUAAAAUACAAGGGGAAUAAAGGAUUUCUGUAAAAGGAUUUCUGUAAAAGGAUUUCUCCUGUGGUGCAUUUGUGACUUGCUUUUAAUUUUGAGGUGUUGGGUCAUGUACAAUUAUAGAUUCUCCCUGUAUCCUCUCUGCACCAAUACUGGAUGUCCCAGUCUUCUCUACUUUUUUUAUUCUUUAAUUUCUUUAAUGUGAGAUAUGAGAUGAUUGCUCUUGCUAAGCAAACCCAACCAGGCCAAAAAUAGUAUAGUUUGAUCAGUCUCCAUCAAGUUCAUAGAUUGGCAGUGGGAACCUAGCUAGCCUAAGGCUGCUAGUGAGGCGGGGACGACCGUAUGUCACUAGCAUAGUGUUAGUAUUGCUAGGAGACCUGUUUUUGUCAAAAGACCUAUCUCAUACAUUUACACAUCUUCUGUCGCAUUAUAUUCCACUAGUAGGAAAUAUCAUCUUAAUGCUUGAACUAUUAUAUGGGUAUUGAUAAUACAGUAUAUAAAUCUUUUACCAUGAUCAAAGACAUUAAUAAUCCAAGUGUUGAGAAUUAUUUCCAACUAUAAAUAUAUAUGAUAAAAUUGUUCUGUACUAUUUACCAUUUUAUUAUUUAAGAACCAUGUAAAUGGAGUCAAUAUAAAUUAUAUUGAUUAAGGUUCAUUUAAGAAUGAAACAUUUUGGUUAUUUUUGGUUCAGUUUACCUAUGCAAAAAGCGAUGACAUGCUAUUAACCUUAGAAGAGAAAGAAAUGGAUUUUAUAACACAUGUAAUUUUACCUCAUUGUCCUGAUUACCUCCUGCCAUAAAUGUUAAUCACUGUUAUAGAUAUUUCUUGCUUGCAUUAUGAGCAAUUGUUUUGGAGAAAUUAUUUGGAUGUUCUGGGAUAUUCCUUACUGUAUCACCAUAAUUAAUUUCCAUAAUCAAUUUCCAAUCAUUCAUAUAUGUAUUACUGUACUCUGGUAUCUAGCUGUGUUUCAUUUGUCACAUUAUCAAGCUCUAUUUGGAGUGGGGAUUCCUAGUGUGUUCUACAGUGUAUAAGUUUCUUACUCUUAGCUACAUUAACAUAAACCAGUUUUUUACCAUGAUGUAUUUUGCAGUAAACUAAUGUAAAGGGUCUCCUGCACCAGAGGCAAGUGAGCUAUGCUCCCCAUUUUGCACCCCCCGUCAUCUGUUUUCAUGUUUGUCUUCUUUAUGGAAACACAUUCUUUCAUUUUGACUUAUUAUUAUUUUUUUUAUUUUUUUUAUUUUUUUAUUUUUUAUUUUUUAUUUUUUAUUUUUUAUUUUUUUUUGGGGGGGGGGGACUUAGUUUUUUAACAAUGGCAUCCUGGCCAGCAAGUAGCUAUUAAUAAAGACCCCUUUACAAGUAGUAAAGGUAUUUUUCACAAUUUUUCUUCACAUCUAGGAAUUAUAGAACAAAGUUAACCCUAACUAGGCCUGGGGGAGUGGGGUGGGGUGGGGCUGUUUCCCACCAGCCCCUGCAGACAAAGUCUAGAGGGGGCAUUAAGCGUUGCACCUGUCUGUCUCUUCAUCCCCAAAUUGGUUUCUGAGCGAUAACUUGUUCAAUAUUUGACAGAUUCUAAUAAUUUUUGGUGUGUAGGUAGAUCACAAUAAAAGACAGGUCAAAUUUGAAUUCGGAGUCCACAGGUCACAAGUCAAAGGUCACAACUCAUAAAUUUUUAUGCAAAUUGGUUUCCGUGCGAUAACUUGAAAAAUAUUGCACGGGUUUUAAUGAUUUUGGGUGUAAAGGUAGGUGUCAAAUUCGAAUUUCGAGUCUGCAGGUCAAAGGUCACACUUCAUUAUAUGCAAAUUAGUCAAAAAUGUGUUUCCCCUCCAUAUAACUUCAGAAAUGUUUGAUGGAUUUUAAUUUGUUGGUAUGUCACUAGUUGAUUUAUUGGUUUUGUAAUACAUAAAUGUGCAUCUGAAUUUGAUUCAGUUUAAAAAAAAUGCAGGAUCGAGAAUGAAAUCAACAUCUCUUUUUCAGACCAAAAAACUAAUAAAUGCUUACUAUAUAACCACAUUAAGUGGGGGCAUCUGUUUCCUAUGGACACAACACACUUUUUCUAGUUUUAAUCUUGCACAUCGUUUCAGACCAUAUUUACUACGUCCAGGCAUGCAAUUAAGUUUCUCAUAAAUGUGAUUUCAUGCGUACUUUCAAUGCACAAUGUGUUUAGUUGAUACCAUGAUUUUUUUUUAAAGCACAUUUGCUAAGAAUACUAUAAAGAGUAUCGUGAACAAAAAUUAAUGUAUUUGGAGUGAUAUGUUGUGAUUUGGAGGCAGCAACUCUGAUUUCACGCAUAAAUUAGCAUAAUUUUUUUUAAUAAAAUGAUUUCUUUAAGAAGAAAAAAUUUAUAUACAUGUAGGGCCUACGAUUUUGUAGAUUAUACAAUGCAGGCAUCGUCCCUGCUAAUAUUAGUCUUGAUCGUUCGGUCGAUGGACGACAUCUCACGCGGGCCUCAGAAACCUCCCUCCCCUGCCAUAAGGCCAAAAUAGCCUGGCCUAAUUAGGGUCAACCAUGCUUGUACUGUGCUAUAUUGUUUGAAAAUAAAGUAGUUCGUCACAUGUGGUGGCCAAUGUUGGUCAAUAGAGGAAUUAAUAUAUAGGGGUUUAGAAAUCAAAUGGGACUUGUCUUACAGUUUAUUUGAAAUUACAUUUAAUUCCAACCAAACUUGUCAGGAAUUAAUUUAAGGGGUCAUUUUUAUUCCUUUUAGUAGUUGUCUCAGGGUGGGGCCGGAUUUGGAAAAACUGAACAAAUCAUUUCAACAUUUACUAAAAAUUAUUGAGCCAAAAGAGUGUCCAUGAGUGCCUUUGUAGUUGAAAAUAAAACUUAUUUUGAGAAAAUGAAGUUAGUCCCUAGCACAGACCCAGGUUUUGAAAUUAUGGUAUACAUAUAGAGAUUUAUAGACAUAUGAGGAAGAUUUUCCCCAAUAUUUUCCUUAUUAAAGUCCUUAUAUGCUUACAAAAGUUUAUCUACAAUUUCGUUUUUGGAAGGAGGUUUCUCAGUUUGUUCAUAAGGUAACAGAACUGGAAAGAAAUUAGUAUGUUGUGCUGCUACUCCCACUCCUUGAUUGAAUGUCUUUGGAGAAAUAGCAGUGAUUAUUAUUUUAUAUAAGAGUAAAGUUGUUUAUUAUUAAGAUUAGAUUCUUCUGGUCAGUUUCCCAAAGAUGUAGGUGUAUGCUCAGACGAGGAUCACCUAUUGGAUCUUUCCAUGUUUGCAUGAGGUUAUUUACUUUACCUUUCAGUGUUUAUUUAAAUGUUUUAUCUCUAAACAGAACUGGGGGUAACACAAUACAUGCAUAUUUCAUGUUCUGAAAUGCAAUAUUUCACCUAGUUUUCAAGGCAGAUCCCACCAUGUAUAAACAUGUUUAACUUUUUAAAUGAAUGCUUGAUGUGAUUUCCUGUGAAAAGAAAAAGAUGAUCAUGUUUGACAGUGUUCAUAAUUUGUUGAGUGUUUUCUGGUCUGUUAUUUUUUCAUAUUCAUUUCUUGAUUGAAAACAUACUUGCUGGACUGGGCAAUUGUGUUAUUAAAUGUUCAUAAAUCAUUAUUACAUUUA